CAUUGGCUAUCGGAAAGGAGCUGUGAUGGUACCAUUGUCACCAGUGGAUUGGUAUCGAGUGUGAGUACGGUCCUGCUCGAUGUCCUGUUGCCAUGGACGGGUAUAAAGAGCCUCCCCAUUCGCGCCGUCUAGUCGCACUGGGUCGCAACAUGUGGCAUGUUAAUGUACCUUCUUCUCCUCCUUCCGAAACAGCUCCUCACAUCACUUGCCUUACGGCUGCGGCACAACAUCAGCAUGACACAGCCUAAUGAUGAGAUUUGUAUCACCAUCGAGGUCAAUGAGAAAAUUGAAUCACUAGGUUGCUUGGAUACCUCUAAAACAGUCAUUCAGAAGGUCAUUGCUACUCGGUGGUUCUCUGCCUCUCAGAACGAAGCCGACACGUCAAGGCUCAACAUCGCCCCAGUUUGGGUUGCCACGACUUGUGCAAGACACAAUACAGAACCUCAAGAACGAUGCACCCAGCCCGGCUCCAAAUGCAAACUGUUGGAGCAUGAU